UGCUGUACUUUGCCCUCUCCAAAAACCCAGCUGUGUGUGAGAGAGCUGUGAGGAGGAUUGAGAGGCUGGGUGAUUUCAUCAUCAGUUAUUUUUUGAGCGAGGUAAGGCACAAGGAACCCUCCACCCUUUCCUGCAUCCCAGAGCAUCCUGCCACUCAGGGGUGCCUGUGAGGCAAGCCUCGAUGCACGUGAGUGCCUCAGAACCGUGAAUCGAGGGUCUUCGUCCCUUCUUCGCCCCUGCUCUUCCCUCCCCAGGCCCUGCUAUCUCAGGGGCUGGCUCUGCCUCCACUAAGCCCUUUGUCUCUCGUCCCUUCCUCACCCAGAACUCAGAUGACUAUGAAAAAUACAAGCACAGCUACAAUGAUUCCAGAGAGCUCUACAUCCCCAUCCUGGGACAGCUGCUGGGCCACCUCUUCAUUUUCUUCAGUGGCGAUAUAUCCAUGAGACACGCAGCUUUGGAUACACUUUAUCGCUUCCUCACAAUCUUAGAGGAAACAAGAGAAAGCUCACAGACAAAGGACAUGAAAAAUUAUGGGCUGCUCCGCAUGAUAUCGAAGGAUUCAAAACCUCCAUUUUCUAUACCAUCAACUCCGUGUGAAAUUGCCAAGUGGUUUGGAGGACAUCUCUUCCCUGAUGAGAGGCUGGACAUCGUCCUCACAGCCCUGGAAGCUUUACAAGACUCCAGCACCCAUGACAAGCAGGGGGCCUGCAGCGUGCUGGACGCAGCCUUGGAGGUCCCUGACUACUGGCUGACAGAUGUGCCAACGAUCAUGGAGUGCAUCAGGAGAAACCUGGGCAGCAUCCACACGGCAUCGGCGCGGCAGUGCCUGGACUCCCUGCUUCUCCAGCUGACCAACAUGAUGCCCUGGAGAGAAGUCAUGAACCUGCUGCAGUUCUCUCCGCCACGUGACAGCACUGACCUGGCCAUGUGGGAGGUGAUCCUGGCCAUGCCGAAGACCUUGAAGAGGGUUUUGAACGACAUGAUGGAAGACUUGCCGCUGCGCUACUGGUGCACCGCAGUCACCGAAGACACGUGCAUCCGUCGCUUGGCUAUGCUGGCCCAGAAUGACAUUUCUGAGGAGGACUUUGUUAACCCAGUGCACCUCCUGAGCUACCUGAGGCACCCAAGCCCAGAGAUGCGCUUGAUGGUUCUGAAAGGGCUCUGCACCGUGUCAGAGAGCCCUAAGAAGGCAAGGGAAAUUCAGGUCGUGCUGCCAGACAUCCUGGAGGCCCUGCAGGACACCAACACAGACGUGGUGCUGAAGGCCCUGCCUGUGCUGAGAAACGUGAUGGCUCAUGUGGAGAGGAGGGAGGCCAGUGGCCCGGCUCUGCAGCUGGCUGAGAAGCUCCUGCCACUCUUUGACCACGCGCUGGGGAGCUCUGCUUGGGCAUGGCUGGUGCGGCUGGUGGCGAAAGUGGGGUGGCUGGCGGGCAGCCUGCGAUGGCAACCGAUUGCGUUGCCCUUCACGGGCACCAGGCCUUGCAGCUGCCCCUGA